GAGGAUCGGCUAGAUAUUUUGAUCGGAAGUUCGAACCAAUCGAGUGCCAGAGCAUUGAUGCUCCUUCGGCAGAAUAAUGCUAAAGAAGCAACCUGGCUCGACGGGCUUGCAAAGCUCGCACGCUUGAACGAAAGACAUUACCAAGAGUCUUUGCAUCUACUAGUUCAACUAGACUAUAACUUCGUCGCCACCCUCCGUUUUGUCGAUCGAGUCAAGGAUCCUAUGGGAUGUGGCGGAUUCCAUUUCUCCAUGACCUUAUCCUUACUCAGUAACCUCAGAGGAGAGGCCUCUGUCAAGGAAGAAAUUGUCGAGAUCAUGAACAAAUUGGGCCUUUACGAUUGUAAUGAACAGCGGCUCACUUUCAUUUUUUCGAGCAUUUCGUAUGAUUCCGUACGGAUGCGAAGUUUAGUCAGGAAAUUGCUCGCAAUUAAUGGGCGCUUGAAUAACUCUCAGCGGGACGCAUUAUGGCUGCUGGAAUUCUAUAAUGGUUUCGAAGAUUUUAUGCACUUGAUGGAAUCGUUAGUCACACGUUGGGUGGAGGACGAGGAUAGAUGUAUCGUUUUGGAAUUUUUGGAAACAUUGGAUGGUGACCACAGGCGAUUAGAGCAAGUCAUCGGGACCCUGCAUCAAUAUGAGAAGGGCUCAUCUUUGGAAAGACUAUCCUUGCCCAAUCGUGCACUGAAGGCUCUCAAACGAAAUGAUUAUGAUGUGGACAAGACCCUUCAAGAGUGGCGUCGUCUGCAUGCCGUCAACCCUCGAACUACCCACUGGGAUUAUGUAUUAAAAGUUUAUGCGGAAUGCCUCUAUGACAUCGAAUAUACGGUUUCUUUAUUGCAUACGCUCAAUACUCAAUACAUUGGCGAUCCCUUCUGGUAUGAUGUGCUUGUCGUUCAUACCCUGCAUAUUUGCCAGAAGACAGGUAUAAAACCUAACGCCAAUCGCAUGAAAUCACAUUUCAAAAAACACUACAGAUAUAACGGGAAGUCUCUUUGGGGUGCUACGAUUGGUAUGAAAUUGACACAUCUCGCUUCCGUGAUUCGCGAUGACAAGAAGGGACUCUAUGGUCGAAUCCACAUAGCUGGAUCUCGCUAA